AUGCACGCAGAUCGGUUUGUGAAUUUGACGCCGCUGAGCUUGCUGGGGAAUUCAUUGGGGCUGUGGUUUAAAGAUGUCCGCACCCACGAACCAAUUGUCUUACGGUUUCCACCGCCGCCCGAAGAGCUCAAGUGCAAUCCGAGAGCCAGCAAUGUGAUUUUAUCGGCUGCUGACUUGAUGCAGGGCAAAUCUCCCUACGCUGGUGUGGAUGAUGCACAAUUUGCCAUCUCUCCUGGGAAGGCGUCGAUAUCGUUGGCUAGCGGAGCACGACAACCAACGACGGCGAUGACGUCGAACGGAUUAAUGAUGGAGGUUGACUUGCGUACUCUGAACUUGCAUCUCGCGAUACGCGUAAAGGAAAUUCUGGGAUGCGCAGAGGCAAUGUGGGAUUGGGUGGUCGAAUACCAGACUAACACAGAGGAGGGCGAACGGGAAACCGGGGGGGUCUACUCCAUCAUCGGUGAAUUAUCCAGGGCGGAGUUUGACGAACUCCUCGCUAAAUUCGAAUUGUGA